ACCCCACAGUUGUUUUCCUCCCAGCACUGCUGUCUCCUGUCUCCUGUCUCAUGUCUCUUGUCCCUGCCUGGCCUUUUCCUUCAACAGGAAAUGGAAAUGGAAACGCCCCUGGUCUCCGGACUGCGUCUGAAAUAGUACCCUGCCUAUAGUGCACUACUUUUGACGAGAGCUCUAGUAGUGCACUGUAUAGGGAAUAGUAGUGCACUGUAUAGGGAAUAGGGUGCCAUUUGGGACGUAUCCCAGGUUAAUUAAUGGUUUAAUUCAAAAGCUGACGUCAUUCAUUGAUCUCCAUGAAGAACACUGAUAGUCUUUUUCUGAUGUGUUGUAUUGUUUUUUGUCGGUACUGAUAUAAUUUUUCCAUUGCCGAGCUUGAAUGAUCUAUUGAGGCAUCAGAAAGGCUCUGGGGAGCCCUUGAGAAAAGGUUAUGUUUUAUCUGGAAGCUGUUGUGCAUUCUGUACUGCCUAUUGCUUUUAGCUGGUCAAGGCCAGGCAUCGCUGCUAAACUGAGCUAGUUUUUGUUUACAAAACCACUCUCUCAAAUGGACUACUUGUUGACAUAUAAGGGCAAAUGCACUGUAUAACCACCCAACCUGUUAAGGUUAGAGAGAAGGUUUGCUGCCAUAAAAAACAUUCUGACUCAGACUCAGAUCGCUGAGAAAAAGCUUUCUCUUUAUAGAGUAUAUUUUAAUAGUCACAGUACAGGGAUUAUUUGUCUCAACAGAAUAUAUUACAAUGCCUUUAAUAAUGGAUUUGUAUGUUGUCGUCUGUCUCUCUUCUGUGAAUGUUUUGGAAUGCCUUGGCUGAGUAAGGCCCCACCUCCUCCCAGUCAUAGCUCUCACCUGAGCCCUGUUGCCAGUUCCCCCCCACCCUACAGCCCUCCUCUGCCUGGACCUGGUGAAUGUUCCUCACUGGUCCUUAGGCACCGGUCCCACUCCUCAGAAUCCAUGUCCUCCUAUUCACACUACCCAGAGAACACCUCUCUCAAUCCCAACACCAGGUUAACUAUACCAAGCACCAGUAGCUCCUCCCAAACUGUCCACAGUCAACCACAGGGAUCCGACAUGGUCUCCCCAAGACUAACCCCGUUGCAGGCUACUGAGAGCGCUUACCCCCCUGGUGCACAGUCACACCCCCACCAUGAGCCUGUCAUUAAAGACAAGCCACCCCUCCCCCAGAGAGAGAGACACACCUCCUCCCUGUCCAUCCGCAUCACCCCACCCACCCCCCUGGUGGUCACAGUGCCCCUGCUCUGCCAGUACCCCCUCCCCUCAGCAGGGCCCCUGUGGACAGGACCCCAGGACACAGGGACGGCUCUCCUGCUCUCGCCCCCUGCAGGCCGACAAGUGCUUCAGGUCCCUCCGAGACCGCCACACAGGCAGACAUCUCCUGAAUUGACACUGCCAGCCUACCAGCCCCCCCUAAACAGGCCCUUUCAUAUCCAUCUCUCAUCUGACCCCUCAAAGUCCCCCAGCCUCCCCCCACCAGUCCCGGUGGGCCCCCGGACCCCCUCCCUGCCCCCCCAGGGCCCCUCCACCCCUGAGCCCAGCCAGAGCGGGGCCACCUCAGUCCUCAGCUGCUCCUACAGUGAUUUGUCCACUGCCUUUCUGGAGGAAGAGCUGCAACACUGUGCCCUGCUGUGUGCCACCGACAGGAGCUCCCAAACGCCCUCGCCCACCCUCAGCCAGACGUCGGCCAUCACCGACAACACUGCACUCACUGCCACUACCUCUACCACCACCGCCGCUAAUAACUACAUGACAGUGAAUGGGAACAGAGGGAUCACGGGUAGCUCCUACAGUCACCUCCAGAGGCCCUUCUCCCCCAUGUCCUACCCCCCUCCUCCCUCACUCAGCCUCGGCCUCUUAACACAGGCCAGGAGUGCAGAGGUCCGCUCCCCAGUCUACCCCCGUAUGAGCCGCCCGCCCCCCACCACCCCAGCAGAGGAGGGGUACCAGGAGGUACCAGGAGCCCCAGGGGGUGGCGAGGGGGGGAAAGGCCCUCACUACGCAGGCAUCGGCCCCGUGGAUGAGUCUGGAAUCCCUAUCGCCAUCAGAACAACCGUGGACAGACCAAAGGACUGGUAUAAGUCCAUGUUCAAGCAGAUUCACGUGGUACACAAACCAGAAAAUGAACAUGCGGACCCAUAUAAUACCACCCACACAGUAGUGAAUACCGAUAGCCGUCAUCGCUCAGCCCCAGACUAUCGGCCAGCCAAGUCAUUGCAGACCAAUGCUCCGCCCCAGACCCACACGUACCGGCCAAUGACCAAGAGUGUGUCCGACAACGGCAUGUGCAACGUCUUCAGGAACACAAAUUCCUUAACCUCGCCCUCACCCGUGCCCCCCACACCCCCUCCCAUACCCUCAUCAGCACAUGUUCGAGACAGGGAGCGCGAGAGGGACAGAGGCACAGUAGACAGAGGCACGGUAGACACAAACCAAUAUGGACCCCCUGACAGAAAGGUGGACACCAGGAAAUACCGUGCAGAACCUCGGAGCAUCUUCGACUAUGAACCUGGGAAAUCCUCUAUUUUGGAGCAGGAGAGACAGAAUACUAGUAACUCAAACCCUGCUGAGGUAGAUUUAGAGGAUGAGCCUUGGUAUAAGUUCUUUGCUGAGCUGGAGUUUGGACGUCCGCCUCCUAAAAAACGUCUGGAUUAUAUAGUUGAGAGUUCCCACCAACACGCCUCUGCAGACAGAAACACGGACAGGCCGUCAAGCUCAACCAGUGACUACAGGAAGAGGAGGAAGUCCGAGCUAGCGGCCCAGCAGCCAAGACCAGCCAGCAUCCUGACCACCAGCCACAGUACAUCCAGCAGCCUGCCAGGGCCCAAUAGUACCACCAGCCAGAACCCAGUCUCCUGGCCUGUAGAACCCCCCCGUAGCAGCAGUUACAGCAGCGGCCUCAACUCCUCAGGACGGCCCUCUGAACCCCCACGUAGCAGCAGUUACAGCAGCGGUCUCCGCAAGCCUGUGGCAAGCUCCUCCCCUGCCUCCCCCUCCAGAGCCAAAGGUGGGGAUAUUAGCAACACAUACUCAGCCCAUUUCAGUUGUCCAGGUUCCAACCACAAUACCUCACAUGACUCAGUGUUUCCUUGUCUUAAUGAUGAGGCUGUUGACUGUGUUGAGCCUCCUGAGGGCUCUGAUGUGUGUCUGAAGAACGGCUGGCAGGCUCAUGACCAAAUCCAGAACGUUGAGGCCUGGAGCUCUGCCGAGGAAAAGCCAGCCUCUCCCAAACUCAAGUCCUGGAGCUGUGACAACCUCCUGACGGAAGAUAGAGGAUGUCCAGGAGGUUCUGUAGGUCCACAGGUUCGCUCAGAGAGUGUAGACUUCCUGUCACGUGAGCAGAAGGAGGGCAAGGAUCACAGCGUCUGUGACAGCCCCCAGAAAGAGCGGACCCAGCACCACUCGGCCCAUGAUGCACCAGGCUUCCUCAAGCUGUACAAGAAGAUGCACCACAUCAACAGGCAGGAUCUGAUAGGCUCCCAGAGCUCCCAGGUCAUCUGCUCUGUGAAAGCCCGGAUCCUGGAGUACGAGAGCGAGCUGCACAAGGACCGGCUGACCGGCUGGAGGGGCUACAGCGAAGAAGUGCCCCAGGACAUGGUGCACGACAGGAUCUCUGCGUUCGAGAGUCUCAUCCAGAAGUCCAAGUCCAUGCCCAACCUAGGGGGUGGGGGUGAGGGUGAGGCUACCCCAGGGGGCCCGUCGGGGAGGGGCAGCAGCCCCCAGCGACGCUUCUCCAUCGAGUCCCUGCCCGACAAAGACCCCCCUGCCAGGAACCCCCCUGAGGGCCAGCCACACUACCCCAGGAUCAACGCCCACACUACUCACAACACCCACAACUGUGUGCCCAUCCACAUCCAGAUCACUGGAGACCACCACCACGUCUACCCCCAGAGACCAGCCUCCCAGCAGGAAGUGUACUCAGACAGUGACCACGACGCUAUCAGGUCCAACCUCAGUGACUUCAUCCAGAUAGAGGGAUCUUCCUUCUGUAGCGAGAGUGACUACGACCGCUGCUCUCGGACGUCUUCUGAGAGCCCUUACGGCUCAGGCCACCAUCACCAUCACCACCACCGUCAUCAUAACCUUAACCAUAACCAGCAGAAGCACCUGGUCAGCAACUGUAAGGGCCGAUGCCCUGCCUCCUACACACGCUUCACCACCAUGCUCAAACACGAGAGGGCCAAGCAGCUAACAGCCGAGGACCCAGAAUCAGCUCAGUCCAAGCUGGCCUUCCUGGUGAGUCCGGUACCGUUCAGGAGGAAGAGGGGCUCCCCUCCGCACAGCCACAGGCAGGCCGGCUCCACCCGCAGCAGGCCCCCUCCCCGCUAUAAGAGCUCCAUGUACGAGGCGCUGGACGAGGCCCUGUGGGACAUCUAUGAACACAUCCGGGCCGAGAGGAGGAGGGGCAGCCUGCCUGACAACAGUAUCCUCCACAGGCUCCUGGACGAGCUGCUGCCAGACAUCCCAGAGAGGAGCUCCUCCCUCAGGGCCCUGUGCAGACGCAGCCCCAUCCCUGGGCCCCAGAGUCUGGAGCAGGAGCAGCCUUACUCCUCUCAGCCUGAUGGCAUGCCCAGCCCAGCCUGCUACCAGCCUGAGUAUAGCCGCCUCUCACACAGUGCCUCCUAUCACCUCACAGACCCCAACAACAACAGCCAUGUCUGUGAAGAAGACUGCUACCAAGACCAGGAACCCUCCAGGGGCCACUCCUACGCUGAUGGGGGCCGCCACCCCCCCCAGAGCAGGAUGCCAACCCCUGAAGUCAGAGAGCCAGCCAGAGCCAUAUAUGACUUCAAGGCACAGACAGUGAAGGAGCUGUCGUUCAGGAAGGGGGAGACGGUGUACAUCGUCAGGCAGAUCGACAACAACUGGUAUGAAGGAGAGCACCGUGGACUGGUGGGGAUCUUCCCCAUCUCCUAUGUGGAGAAAAUCCCUGUCUGUAAGAAGCAGCAGCCAGCCAGACCUCCCCCGCCAGCCCAGGUCAGAGAGAUUGGUGAAGCAGUGGCUCGCUACAACUUCAACGCUGACACCAACGUGGAGCUCUCACUGAGAAAGGGUGAGAGGGUGAUUCUGCUGAGCCAGGUGGACCAGAACUGGUAUGAGGGGAAAAUCCCAGAGAGCAACAAGCAGGGCAUCUUCCCCGUGUCCUACGUAGACGUAGUGGUCAAGAAGUCCCCCGCCGCCAACAACCCCGCCCACCACUACCUAGAACCCUCCUCUUUACCCCAGAGCCUAUCCGCUGACAGGAUUCACCCUGUGGGCUCGGCCAAGCCUUCAUCCAUGCGCCCUCGCUUCAGUCCCUCCUCGCCUUCCCUCUCCUUCAGGACACCCCGCUCCUCCCUGUCCUCAUCCCCCUCCCCCAGUACCCAGAGGGCCCACCUGCAGGCUAUCACCAAUGAUUGGAUAAACCUGACCCUGGGCCUAUCCCCUUCCUGCACCCCGGCCCCCACUCCUCCCCCGUACCCUAACAGCAGCCUGCUGGCCGACCUGGAGGCCCUCAGCACCCUGGUGUCCCCCUCCCCCUAUCCAGCCCCCGGCCAUCGCCUGGUAUCCCCCUCCCCAGCCCCCACCUUUGGAUCCGUCCCCUCGACACCACGCAACCUCACCCCUUCCCUCAGAGAGGGCCACUUUAUCCCCAUCACCUCCCCCAAGGCUCCCAUCUACCCCUGCUCCCCAGAACCCAGCCCCUCCCCGCUACCCUCCCUCCCCACCACCUCUGGCGGCACCUCUUUCACCUCAUCACCCACCUCUCCCAUGUUUUGGAGCCCCAAGUAUGGCAGUGUGGUCGACUUGUCUCAGAUUCAGAACAACACCAGCAUCAAGCCCAUAAUAGACUCACAACAGGAGAAACCGUUCGACCCCCUCUCAGACCCAGCAGCCCUGUCGCCCACCUCCCCAAAGGCCUGCAGUCCCAUCAAUCUGGUGGUGUACGAGCCCAGCGACUGCCCCUCUCACACCGACCCCCCAUCUCAACGCGAGAACAUAGUAGAGCUAAAUCAGUUUAUCUCUACGGAGCACAAUCUCUCCACUAAUGAGAUUAAUCAGUUCAUGGAUAACAACCUCUCCACUAAAGAGAUUAAUCAGUUCAUGGAGGACUCCAUUAAAGACCAGGUAGUGGACCAGGAACAGGAAGAUGACCUUUGUGAGGAGCUGGUGUCCAUCAUUCAGGGGGGUGACCAAUCCAAAGGGGACUUUUCUUCCCAGGGGGAGGGGUUUUACAGACAAGCAUCAGACGUGACGGAGGAGCUUCCCAAGCUCUUCAUAGAGGAGGAGCCUGCUGAGAGCAGGCAGAUGGCCCCACCUUAUAAUACCUUUACCCCUGUGUGUAGAGAAGGGGCAGAACAGGACAAGGCCGAUGUUUCUCAGGGUGCCUCUGUACGCCUCACCUCCCCUCCCUCCCAGCAGUUCACCAUCUCCACCCUCCCCACCUCGACCACCUCACCCAAAACCUUGUCUCCCCUCGACUCCCCCUGCACCACCCCUCCACUUCCGGGGGUGCUACACUCUCCCUCUCCCUAUAACAAACAGUACCCCCGCCUGGAGCCUAGGUCCCCCAAGGUCAAGCCUGUAAAGCGUGAGGUUGUUGUUGUGGGUAAGCCCCCUCGUAGCCCUGUGAUGUCUCGGAGGUCCUGCGGCUCGCCCAGUAGAGCCCAGAGCUAUUCCCCGUCUCAUAGGCGGCCAGCGUUUACCCAAGAUGCACUGAAUUGUGGUGGAGAGCCGUUCCAGGUCCUGUAUAACUAUGCUCCACGUAAUGAGGAUGAGUUGGAGCUCAAGGAAGGAGACGUUGUUGAUGUGAUGGAGAGGUGUGACGAUGGCUGGUUUGUAGGUACAUCCAGAAGAAGCACGUUUUUUGGAACCUUUCCUGGAAACUACGUGAAGCGGCUAUAACCUUUUCAUACAGAAUUCUCAUGAUGUCCCGCAAUGGUUGUAUAACUCAGUGGGUGAAUAACCAAUAUAUUCAGACUGCACAAAAACGUUACCUUCAGCUAUGACUAGUUAUUUUCAUAAAAAAAUGUUUCCAGGGAGUACCCCUGAAGCACCUAGUGUUCCAGUCAUGAGAAGAGAAGUGACAAUACAUUUACUGAUAUGAUGAAUGGGAGAAGUUAUGGACCGUGGCCUUGAAGGAAUAUGUUUCAUGUUUGAUUUAAGGGUAUUUUACUCUACUAACUGUGUUGAUGAUGUCUCAAUGUAUACAGUGGAUGCAACAAAUGAGGUUGAAAGCAGAUUUGGUCAUAAACAAAUGUGAGUUAUUAGUGCGUAAUGAGAGUUAUUUACAGUGAUGGGCUGCCUUAUAGACUAAUGGGUUUCACAAUAAUGAAGUAACCAAGUACCCUAUUUACCAUGUAUUUAUUUAUGCAUAAAUAUAUAUUUUUCUUGUUCUGGAAGUACUCUAUAAUUGAUUAUGCUAAUUUACAUUAGGAGAGAGUGUUGUUAACCUUUUUGGAGAGGGGUUGUCCUCUUGCUUCAUACAGUUAAAGUGCACAGAUCUGCGCAGGCAGAAAGAGAUGAGAGUGUUGCUGUGUUAGUUAUAUACAGGCUAUUAGGGUUCCUCCUAAACGCAUCCGUUAAUACAUGGCUUUGGACAGACUGUUGCUGCUCUGGUAAUGUGCACAUUGUUAAUGUAUUCAGGCAGUUACCUCUGACUGGAGCUAAUGUCUAUUGACUUGUCCGGUUUUGUUUUUCUCUCCUGACAUUCCUAUAAGUAUUAAUAAAAGGAAAGAGAAGACUUUUAUGUAAUUGGACAAGAUAUUUUAAAAGAUGCGAUGUCUUCUUUUUACAAGUAGGGUAGCGUGAUCUGUUAUUUAAGAUUGUUCUUUAAUAUAUGGUCAUUUUACAAUAUUCUUCUUAUUGCGAACUGUCAAAUUAGAAUUAUUUGAAAUUAUUUAAAUAUCUUAGGGACAACUCACCUGCCACAAAUCCUGUAUAAAAGUGUUAAACAUAUUUGAUGUCAUUUACUUUACUGUCUGGAUACAUUCAGCUGACUCCAAAUCAGCUUUUGAUUUAUGCAAUAACCAUUCUCCCAAAUACCUGCCUUUCUGUUCUAGAACACAGGGCAACAAAAUGACAGAAUAAUUGGAAGUGAUGAUGAUGAUGAUGAUGAUGAUGAUGAUGAGACAUGUAAUAAUGUCAUCAUGUAACUUUGUGUUCAUUACUGCCUAAACGCACCAUACCGUAUAGUCUGUCCUGUACAGUGUAUGUCCCUGUGAUUAAAAAACAUCCACUGCCUCGAUCAGUCA